AUUACACGAGGUGUACGAAUGUGCUGCACUAUUCGUACAAAAGAAAGGGCCUUAUGUUUUACGAACACAGUGUAAUACUUUCAGUGUAAAAGUGUAUGUAGUGUGAGAGUUUACGAACAUACCUAUAAAUAAAAAAAUAAAAUAAAACCAUAAUAUAACCUCUCUAAAAACUGAAAACUGGUAAAAGUGAUAAAACUGCCAAAACUGGUAAAAAAUGAUCUGAAAUAACAAAUAAUCUGUUGUAUGUAGGUUCUGGAAAUCGUUGAAUCUUAGACCAAAUGAGAUUAUGUUUGUGUAUGGUUUAUGGAGACACAAUUCAUGAUGAAUAUGUGGUUACUCCAAAACAGGUUAUCCAUAGAAAGAAAGUACAAGUUCAGUAUGAUGGGACCUCUGAUGAUAUACAAAUUGAUGGUGCUUUUUACCACUAUUUGAUCAAGGAACUGUUUCUUAGCCACUAUUAUAGAAUUCAUUUUUUAUAUCACUGGUUCAACAACCAUAAUAAAUGUUUGUCUCUCAUGUUGAUGCAUACAAGUUAUGACAUGAUUGACUAUAAAUGGAAUGAACGUAUAUAUGAGAUGGUUAGAGAACGUAGUGAAUUGGAUCAUACUUUCUCAUGGCUAUCCACAUUGGGUGGUGGCUUUUCAGCAUUAGGUGACUACUUUACAAAAUGUGCUGAAAUCGCAGGUAAAAUUUCUAUCCAUCAGUUACAAAUUGGACUCAGGUUGGGUGAUCCAAACAUCACAGCACGAUGUCGAUUAUACUUCAGUCUCAGUUUGAUUCAGAAAAAGAAAUUCAGAUUGGCUAAAUACAUUAUCCAGAGAGAAUUCUGUGAUGCUAAACAAUCUACUGUAAUAGAUCAGAGGUUACUGAAUAUGUGUAAGGGUAUUUGGGCCAAAUUGCAGUAUGAAUACCAUAUCUACAAAAAAUCUAGAAAACGUUCAAAACUAUGUUGAAUGAUGAUUACUAUACUCAAUAGAUAAAUACAACCCAAGUCGAUUUUUGUUAACAAUAAAAAAUUCUUUUUAUAAACUGACAUCUUUGA